CCUGCAAAUCCUCAUUGUGUCUAAACCUAUGAGACUAUAUCUGGUAGUGUAUUAAGACUAUAGAAAAUGAUAACUAGAAACAGGACUAAAGCGUUCCUCUCGUGAUGGCAUCGAGGCUACUCUCUAAGUCGCUAAUUACCUGAUCCGGCAACUAGACAAGCAUUUGCCAAGUCGUGCCAAGUUUUUCUCGUCCAUGACGCUCAAUUCUGGGGUUGACGAAUCAGAUCUACCAAACAGAUGGAGUCAAUAUUUACAUUUGAUACAGCACCAUGCUCAACUUACCCAACAGAGCAUAACUCAUCGCGAUUCCAGGUUUCGAUUCGCCAACUCGAAAGUAGACGAUUGGACUCGUUUAACAUGAACGAUGUGACCCCGGGCCGUCUCAUCUUUGUUAGCAUAGCACAGUUUUGCGUUGAACUCGUCAUGGCUCGACGGGUUUAAUCAUGACGUCAACUUUUGACAUACCCUUCACAAUCCGUCAUGAUCCAUUUGCAACUGAUAUUUAUAACCGGCCAGGCCAAUGUUUAUCAAUCGUUCUUCACUCGGUCUUAACUUCGUACACCAUUACUAGAGUCCCUUUGCACCCUCCGCGAGUUUCGAGCAUCCCCUAUCGGGACUCGAAUAGGAAGAUCUCUCGUACACGCCAUAUCCGCAUUCCUGCAUAACGCCUAACAUAUAAUAAAUCGGCCAACAUGAGUUUCUUCAACCGUCGUCGUGCCGAUGGGACAAAUAGUAACGGACAUCGGGCCGGACAUGUCAAAGAUACCGUAGCCUAUCCUAUGGCGGUCCGUCCGAGUUUUGGCCAGUGGCUCAAAGUUACGUGGCUCGAUAUCAUUACCAUGACUAUCAUGGGCGCGAUAGGGCUUGGUGUCUACGAGGCGAAACCAGCUCCGACUCGAUCAUUCCCAGUAACCUUCUCCGAUGGCGAGGUCGUAUAUCCGCAAUUCGCAUAUCCCCUGCGUAAGGAGAUCAUCCCAAUUUGGCUUGCAGCAUUACUCGCGGCCUUGGUCCCUAUUGUCGUUAUUCUUCUCAUGCAAAUUCGGAUCCGAUCUUUUUGGGACGUGAAUAACGGUAUCAUCGGUCUUCUAUACUCGCUCAUCACCGCCGCCGUCUUCCAGGUCUUUUUGAAAUGGCUUAUCGGUGGCUUGCGCCCGCACUUCCUCGCCGUGUGCAAGCCCGACGUAAGCCUCGCUAGCAACGCUCCCGGCGUUAAGGGCGCUGGUUAUAACGGGGCUGGCUUCACCAACAUCUACUACACCAAAGAGAUCUGCACUGGUGACGAGAACCAGAUCAAUGACUCUCUCGAAUCAUUCCCGUCCGGUCACAGCACAGCGGCCUUCGCCGGCUUUAUCUAUCUGGCGAUAUAUUUGAACGCUAAGCUAAAGGUCUUCUCAAACUACCACCCGGCGAUGUGGAAGCUAGUAGCGACCUAUGCGCCGGUACUAGGAGCUACGCUGAUUGCUGGCGCGUUGACGAUCGAUGAGUUCCACCACUGGUACGAUGUCUUGGCGGGCGGCAUCAUUGGCACCGUCAUGGCCUUCUCCGCGUACCGCAUGUGUUACGCCGCGAUUUGGGAUUGGCGCUGGAACCACGUUCCCCUUCACCGCGGACAGGCAUGUCUCUACACUUACGACAGCGUCGAGCUUAUGGAUGCACUGUGGACACGCAAGGCCGGAUGGGGUGCUGGAGUUUUGGGUUACGGCGGUAAUGCGCACGGUACAAGCCGCCAUAGCGGUGUGACUAGUUUCCAGCGGAAGCCGGUUGGGAGCGGUACCGCACGGAGGGGUGAUGAUAUUGUCUAAAUGAUUAUACCUAGAAUCGCGGUAUGUUUACGACGACAAACAAAAGGUUGGUGAUUGCGCGAAAUACACGAUGGUAAGAUAUACCGCAUGAUUGUAUCAUAAUGUUAAUUGAAAAUAUUUGCCUGCGAAACUUCCCAAGUGCGUCGAAAACCAAAGCCAGUAGCUUAGGUUUUAGCUCGAAUACUCAAUAUCAUACCUCCGGCGGCCCCUGCUAGGGAUACUGUUC